ACGCGCUGUUCUGCGUUUGCGCACACAGACACAGAGACUCGGCGCUAAGCAGGUAGCAUCUGGCUGCGUUCAGCUGUUUAAACCUGAUCCUGUCUGACGUUUGUAAACAUCUCCGAGCCGCCAGUUGUACCGAGGAGGGUUGAAGCGAACCAGGUGUAAAGGAAUAUGCCCAAAAAUAAAGGUAAAGGAGGAAAGAACCGGCGACGUGGAAAGAACGAGAAUGAGUCUGAGAAGAGAGAGCUGGUGUUCAAGGAGGACGGGCAGGAGUACGCUCAGGUGAUCAAGAUGCUGGGGAACGGCCGCCUGGAGGCCAUGUGCUUCGACGGCACCAAGCGGCUCUGCCACAUCAGAGGAAAGCUCCGGAAAAAGGUCUGGAUAAACACGUCUGACAUCAUCCUGGUGGGGCUGAGGGAUUAUCAGGACAACAAAGCAGACGUGAUCCUGAAGUACAACGCCGAUGAGGCUCGGAGUUUGAAGGCUUACGGAGAACUUCCAGAACACGCUAAAAUCAACGAGACGGACACCUUCGGACCCGGAGACGACGACGAGAUCCAGUUCGACGACAUCGGCGACGAUGAUGAAGAUAUCGAUGAUAUCUAAAACGCUGCGACUGAAGGAGGAAGGCAGGAUUUUACUACAGAAGCUCCGAUUGAGAUGUUUUGAGCCGAUUCUGCAAAUAAUCACCAUUUUUUUUAUUAUUAUUAAUAUUAAAGAUGAGCCUGUGACGUCCAAACCCGGUUUAUUAAUGUUCUGUAUGGUUACUCCAUCGGUAGUUUUGGUUCUGGAUGAAAGUGAGACGCUGCGGCGGGACGACGGAGCGUUUCCGUUUUCCUCCUCAAAACUGUUUUGUUUUGUUUCUCCAAACACGCCAUCUUUUUUUUUAGUUAUUAUUAAAAAAAGAAAAUGUAUUUAUGAUUAAUUUCACGGCAUGUGGGAUUUAGAAACUGAACCGAAUGUGUCGGUUUGCUGAUAAAGUGCUGAGCCGGCAGAACCGGACGGGUUCUGGACUGAACCAUGAAGGCGACCCCUCCUUAGUCUGUCGUUUCUUUUUUUUCUGUUUUCUGUACCGACCUGGUCGGCUAGCUCUGCGGUGAAACCAGACGUUCCCAACGUUCCCAGUGUUCCCAGUCCACUCAGAGCUUAUCUUUCACACGCCUCAGAGUCAGAUUAUAUAUGAGCUUAUAGCAAAUUAUUUUUAUUUCCUGUCUGCGCUUUGGGAGCCUCUGCUCUGUCCCGCUUGGAUGCAGAUGUGCGAUGAUGUUUUGCCGGGUUUCCAAUAAAGAUCUUAACUC